AUGGCCCAUGACCAGCUUGAUGUGUUGACGGCUUUCCUGUAUGGCGUCAUGAAGGAACAAGUGAUCUGUGUGAUUCCUGAAGGCGUCAACCUUGAUAGUACGUUCGACUGCCUGGUAUUAGUGAAGUCAAUUUACGACCUCAAGCAAGCGUCGCGAGUGUGGAACGAGACGUUCGACAAGUUUGUGUGCUCCAUUGGAUUCCAAGCGUCGUACCUCGACCCAUGUCUCUACAUCAAGACUUCGGACGGCCAUUGUGUGCUUGUACUGGUCGACGUGGAAGACGUCUUGGUGACUGGAAGCUCGCUCGAGCUAAUUACACGAAACAAGAACGACCUGAAGACACGUUUUGAGAUGACAGACAGCGGCAAAUGUGCAUUUGUUCUAGGGAUCGAGCUUUUGGACGGUGAAGAUGGCAGUGUGACUCUGUGUCAGCGCCGUUAUGUCGAUGAUAUCCUCAAGCGCUUUGGAAUGGAGGAGUGCAAGGCUGUGGCGAGUCCUGUGGAUGUCAGUUCUCGAGUGAUGUCAAGCAGCACUGCGAACAAGAUCGAUGUUCCAUGCCGUGAAGCUGUUGGUGCUUUGAUGCAUCUGACGACUGCAAAACGACCGGACAUUGCCUGUGCUGUGAGCUUUGUGUCGCGCUUCAUGGAGAAUCCCCAAGAAGAACACUGGGUUGCGGUCAAGAGCAUCUUUCGCUACCUACAAGACACCAAGAUGCAUGGAAUGUGCUCCAAGCCAAGUGCAUGGAUCGCUUUUCGUGGCUAUUCGGACGCAGACUGGGCCGGCGACCUUACUGAUCGCAAGUCAACGUCUGGCUACGUCUUCAUGCUAUUGGGUGCUCCAGUGAGUUGGGUCAGCAAGAAGCAGCCAAGUGUGUCACUGUCUACAAGUGAAGCGGAGUACAUUGCGCUAAUUCUGGCGAUUCAAGAAGGCAAGUGGAUCCACCGCUUACUAUGCGAUAUCAUGGCAGCUGCUAACGAGGACGGACCAGAUCUCAUGGUCCGAGAAGAAAACCAGUCCUGCAUCAAAAUGACCAAGAAUCCGGUCAACCACGGCCGCGCCAAACACAGUGAUAUCAAGUACCAUCACAUUCGCGAUGAAGUCAAGCGCGGUGAAGUGAAGCUUGAAUAA